AUGGUUGUCGCGCCUGAUGAACCGAUCAGACCCCCAGAGGCGCGACAGCACCAUCCGACUUCGUCGGCCCCGCUGGGCCUUGUGGUUGGGAGCUACUGCCAUGACGUCCUCUUCCGCGACGGCACCGUCAUCGGGGAGAGCCUCGGCGGCGCGGCUUCGUUCAUCUCCAACGUCUUUGAUGCCCUCGGUCGUCCUGUCCAACUCCGCUGCCGCUACAUUUCCAAAGUGGGGCCCGAUUUCGCGUACAGUGGCUCCUCCCUCCCUACUCCGUUCUCAUCGUCCUCCCCGACUACCCUCUUCCAUGCCCACUUCUCCUCCGGUGAUAUCGCCGCCGGUUACCACAGCGACCGCGCCCUCAAACGCGUUCGCGCAUGUGAUCCGAUCUCCCCUUCUGAUCUUCCAGCUGAGGAGCAGCCCUUCGACUUCGGUCUCGCCGUAGGGGUUGCCGGGGAGAUAUCUCCCGCGACCCUGGCUCGUAUGAUCGAAAUAUGCCGCGUCGUCUUCGUCGACGUCCAGGCUCUAAUCCGGACCUUCGACCCUACCGACGGAACUGUCAGGCUUGUCCACUUGAGGGACAGUGGCUUCUCUCACCUCCUUCCUCGGAUCGGGUUCCUCAAGGCCUCCGCAGAUGAGGCUCCCUUUGUGGACGUCGAGGAGGUCCGGAAAUUGUGCUGCGUCGUCGUCACCGAUGGCAAGGACGGGUGCAGGGUUUAUUGGAAGAGCGGGGUGCUUCGGGUGCCCUCAUUCCCCGCAGUCCAGGUCGAUCCCACCGGCGCUGGCGACAGUUUUCUCGGCGGAUUUGUGGCGGGAAUGGUUCACGGAUUGGCGGUGCCUGAUGCUGCGCUCUUGGGCAACUUUUUUGGUUCCCUCACCGUCCGCCACAUCGGUAUACCCAAUUUCCAUCAGGAGCUUUUUCAGGUUUCUCUCUCUCUCUCUCUCUCUCUCUCUCUCUCUCUCUCUCUCCCUCCCUCCCUCCCUCCCUCCCACAUCAAGCAUGCGCUAGUCUCUGUAAUUGAUGAUUCUCUCCCCGCCCAAGCAUGCUAAAUCCCAUGAUCCAUAAUCUUCGUUCCCCCUCGGUGCACUGCCCUUGUCAUACCCAUCCGAGUUUCCUGCAUGAUUUUGAAGCAAGAUAAGUUUCCUGAAACAACCUCUUUUUCUGGGUUGACGAUGCCCUGGGCCAUAAUGGACGGCUCAUAUUCUCAAGUUUCCCCUGAAGAUGAUGGGCUGGACAGUGACAAUUGCAUUGCUCCUAGAAUCUCUCGUGUGGUGGAUUUCCAUUCAGGCAUCACCUUCCCCGUCUUCCAUUUCUUUCGCGAGGAAAUCAAAAGCCCGGGCUGGGAUGGCCUUCUCCACUGCUCUGAUAAGAAAUCGACCGAUGGAAGUGGCCACCCUUUCUGAGGUGGCGGCGGAGUCAGCGCACUGUCCAUGACAGAGAGUAUUCCUUUGGUGUGAUCAUAGGCUUGCAUGCUGUCAGAGUGGGGGGAUAGAACGCGGUGUGCUGGAUCUUGGGACCGAGUCUGGCCUCCGUCACUUUCGGUUUUAUGAGGUCCACAGGAACCUUGCAUGUGAUGGAGAUACAUGGCCGAUCUCUGUAUUCUACUUCGAGGACCAUCCGCAGUGAGAGUGAAGACAGUCGGUGGGGCUUUCGGGCACAGAUGGACGGUUCAUCCAAGUAG